CCGCCGGGUCGGGUCGCGGGGCCACGUGGCGGCAUCCGCUCCCCGCGUCCUAACGGGGAUCGCCGCGCGGCGCCGCCCGGGGCACCGAGCCCACGGCCCCGGCUGCUGAGAACGGCUCCGAGCUGCGGCGAGCUCCCGCGUCCCGCGCGGGGUCAGUUCCGCGUCCCGCGCCUCUGGGGCCGCCUCCGUCUCUUCCCCCUGCGGCGAGCUCGGUUCUUCUUUAGGCCGAGCGCUCCGCUCCUUGUGCCCGAAGAGCGGAGGCGGGAUCUGGGCUUAAAAACGUUCCGGUAGGAAGAACUAAAAUCCCAACCGGUUCGUCCCGCACGAGAGCUCCGGAGCGCGGGGUGAGGUGCGGGCCGCGCUGGACAAAGGCAGGAAGCGACGGGGGACGAUGGCAGCGGGCAAGGACCGCGGGGUUCCAGCUCCUGAUCCCUUUCUUUUUUUUUUGUUUUGGGAAAGAAGAGAAAUCGCUGCGGAAGGGAAUUUUAUUCUUAAAGCCUUAGAGUGCUUUUCCAGAGCGGGGAUGGGGAAGGGGAGCUGGCUGCAGGGCUGCGGCGCUGGGGAUGUGCCCCCGUGUCCCCCCGUGUCCCCUGUCCCCGUGUGCCCCAGCGCUGUGCUGGCCCUGCCACAGUCCCGCGCUCAUCCCGCUGCUGCGCCUGGCAUUGCCACUGAACUACAGCGCUGUGCACUGGGACAGCGGGGUCCCCGUGUCUCCGGAGGAGGAGGAGGAGGAGGAGGAGGAGGAGGAAGGCCCUGCCCCCAUCUCCAGACCUUCCCCUGCUCGGUGCCUGCCUUGUCCCCGGUGUCCCUCGGAGCUGUCCCCUGCCUGUGCCGGGGGGGAUUUGGUGACCCCAGAGCUGUGCCCGCUGUCACCACGUGGACGUAGCACGGAGCUGAUUCUCGAGCGCCGCGGAACCGAACCUUGGGGUUCCUGACCCCAGCGCUGGGCUCGGGGCUGCGGAAAUGCCGGGGGGGCGGCGGGCAGCAGGGACCCGACCGAGCAGCGUUAUUCUUAGCGCCGGGUGUUGGGUUUCGCACUUGUUUACUGCUGGUGGCUCUUCCCACGGAGCCGGAGGGGCUCCGAGCAGCAGCGCGGGCUGUGGGAGGCUCAGAGCCCCCGCUCCAUCCACGCCCCAGGACCCCCCAGCCCCGCGCUCACCGUGCCGAGCAGCCCCGUGCUCUGAGUGCUCAAAGCAGCACAGGAGCCCCUGUCCAACAUUGGUUGUUUGUCCGCCCAGAGGAGGUGUUACCCCCGCCCCCCCCCUUGUUUUUUCUUUAAUCAAGCCAGUGCUAUUAAUAUCAGGUAAUGAACAUAAUCUCGGCGUUAAGCUAUCCUCUUAUGCACGCUGAGCUCCCAGCACCUCCCGUCCCAGCGCCGUGCCCCCCUCCCCCGUGCUGCCUGGCUCCGGGCCCCCCUGCACCAUUUGGGGCCAGCCCUGCAUGGCUCGUCCCAGCCGAGCGGCACCGAGCCCCCAGCCAUGAGCAGUCCCCCCACCUACGGCAGCGUCCGCAUCUCGGGCUGCCGGGCCCUGGCACCCACGGGCAGCAACAGCAGCGCUGAGUCGCUGGACCGGCUGUACCCGGCGGUGGGCUCCUCCAAGCCGCCCCGAAAGCGGACCACCAGCCAGUGCAAGUCGGAGCCCCCACUGCUGCGCACCAGCAAAAGAACCAUCUACACCGCCGGGCGGCCGCCCUGGUACAAUGAGCACGGGACGCAGUCCAAGGAGGCCUUUGUCAUAGGUCUGGGAGGGGGCAGCGCCUCUGGGAAGACCACGGUGGCCACCAUGAUCAUCGAGGCUCUGGAUGUCCCUUGGGUGGUUCUGCUCUCCAUGGACUCCUUCUACAAGGUGCUGACCAAGCAGCAGCAGGAGCAGGCGGCCAGCAACGACUUCAACUUCGACCACCCCGAUGCCUUUGACUUUGACCUCAUCAUCGCCACCCUGAAGAAGCUGAAGCAGGGCAAGAGCGUGAAGAUCCCCAUCUACGACUUCACCACCCACAGCCGGAAGAAGGAAUGGAAAACCCUCUAUGGUGCCAAUGUGAUUAUUUUUGAAGGUAUCAUGGCAUUCGCGGACAAGGAGCUGCUGAAGCUCCUCGACCUGAAGAUCUUCGUGGACACGGACUCGGACAUCCGCCUGGUGCGCCGCCUGCGCAGGGACAUCAGCGAGCGCGGCCGCGACAUCGAGGGCGUCAUCAAGCAGUACAACAAGUUUGUGAAGCCCGCCUUCGACCAGUACAUCCAGCCCACCAUGCGGCUGGCCGACAUCGUCGUGCCCCGAGGGAGUGGAAACACAGUGGCCAUCGACCUGAUCGUCCAACACGUGCACAGCCAGCUGGAGGAGCGUGAACUCAGUGUCAGGGCCGCCCUGGCCUCUGCCCACCAGUACCACCCCCUUCCACAGACCCUCAGCGUGCUGAAGAGCACCCCUCAGGUGCGGGGCAUGCACACCAUCAUCAGAAACAAGGAGACCAGCAGGGACGAGUUCAUUUUCUACUCCAAGAGGCUGAUGCGGUUGCUGAUUGAGCACGCGCUCUCGUUUCUCCCUUUCCAGAGUUGCACUGUCCAGACCCCCCAGGGACAGGACUACGAAGGGAGGACAUACAGUGGGAAGCAAAUCACCGGGGUGUCCAUCCUGCGGGCGGGCGAGACCAUGGAGCCGGCGCUGCGAGCUGUCUGCAAGGACGUCCGCAUCGGGACCAUUCUCAUCCAGACCAACUGCAACACGGGCGAGCCGGAGCUCCACUACCUGCGGCUGCCAAAGGACAUCAGCGAGGACCACGUCAUCCUGAUGGACUGCACGGUCUCCACGGGCGCUGCAGCCAUGAUGGCCGUGCGGGUGCUGCUGGAUCAUGAUGUCCCAGAAGACAAGAUCUUCCUCCUCUCCCUGCUGAUGGCAGAGAUGGGUGUCCACUCGGUCGCCUACGCCUUCCCCCGGGUGAAGAUCAUCACCACAGCCGUGGACAAGAAGGUGAACGACCUUUUCCGGAUCAUCCCUGGCAUUGGGAACUUUGGCGAUCGGUACUUUGGGACGGAUGCUCCUCCCGACUGGAGCGACGAUGAGGAUGCUCUCAGCACUUAGCUGGGUGGGAGAUGCCACCAGCGCCAGGCAGCUUCAGCACCGCACCUUAACCCCUCCUGCCCAUCGCAGAGAUUUCUCCUUCCUCCUCACCAAGCAUAUAUUUUUUUCAAAUCUUUCAUCAGAGAUCUAGGGCAUAUUUUUUCAAACACAAAUCCUAGUGUGACUUUGUGGACAGCCGCGUGUCCCAGCAUAGAGUGGAGUUAAUUUAUUUUAAUUUAACUAUUUGCUUAUAUAACUUAUUGGAGAUAUUUUAUAAAGAAAAAUAAUAAAUUUUUUCUCUGGUUUUCUUGAA